ACUUGGAAAAUCAGUUCAACUUUUUCAUUGAGUUUUAGUUCUUGUGUGAGUGUCACUUAUUGGAAAUAGAAACACAAAAAAUGCUUCUAUUCAAUUGUUACACCAUUUUAAUUGUUACAAUCGUUUCAUCUGAUGCCUUUUUCAUUAAAAAUGCAUUCAAAGCGUACGACCUUUAUACCAAAGAUUUAGAACAAGAUUUUACUUCCAUUGUCAUUAAUUAUGUAAAUGAAACGAAACCAUGGUUAGCUCCUUGUGCCAUUAAUUUCAUCAAAAAACACCCAAAAGCUUUUGAUUUAUCACCACACAAAGGGGACGAAGUGGUUUACUUGGAUUACACACUCUUGGAUAUUGCAAGUGAAAUCUUCAAGAGAUCUAAAUCAUCACCAUUGGAAAAACUAUUGUGUUAAAUUAUGUUUCGAUGGUUAAUUGUAUUCAUGAUUGUACCAACUGACCAAUCGAUGUGGAUGCAUCUCCAAAAAUCCAUCAACAGCUUCGCUUCA